AUGGACAACUCAACGUAUGGUCUGAUCAAAUUUUUGUUCCCACGUCUUCCAUCGUUGACGAAGACGGCCCUAUCACACUCCCUCUCGCUGUCUCCAACAUCUUCGAAAUGGGACCUCAGGACUGAAAUGACAGUUGCAUUUUUGCGAUCUCUUAUGAAUGGUGGCCCUUCUCCAGUUGGACAGACUCAAGCUCAUACUUUGAACGAUCCAGGAGCCAAGGGCAAGGUCUGGACUGCGAAAGUCACUAUCCCGGCUCCCGAAGAUGAAAGCAUUAGAGAUGCGACUUUCACUGCUAUCGCCGACCUUGGAGAUGGCAGCGAAACAUACAUAAAGCCAGGACUUUCCGACGUCGAUGCUGAAUGGACGGGCUUUAGACCAGGAGCCGGAUCAGACGAGCCUCUGCCAAAUAUCUCCGAGCAGGAGAAAUAUCAAAACCUCAUGAAAGAACCCUCCAAAUCGAGCAAGACGACAAUUCUGUAUCUUCAUGGAGGAGCGUACUAUCUCUGCGGUUUUGGUACGCAUAGACUGCAAGUGUCGAAGCUGGCCAAGGCUUGCAAUGGAAGAGCCUUCAACGUUGCCUAUCGUCUUGCACCUCAGGCUGCUUUCCCUUCGCAAUUGCUGGAUGCGCUGAACGCGUAUCUGUAUAUGUUGUACCCACCUCCUGGUUCUCUUCACGAACCAGUGUCAGCCAGUGAUAUUGUUUUCGCUGGCGACUCGGCAGGCGGCAACUUGGUUUUCGCACUUCUCCAACUCUUGCUCCAACUCCAUCGCACGAAGCUAUCAGACGCAAAGAACCCAACUGUCCGCUAUCACGGAAAGACAGUCGAAGUGCCUCUUCCAGCAGGAGCAUCGGCUAACUCUGGCUGGUUUGAUAUCACCAGGUCGAUGCCUUCAUUGGUCAACAACGCAAAGUUCGAUUACCUACCACCGGCAGACCAUGACGAUGCUCUGGGAAGAUUCCCCAAGGACAAUGUCUGGCCAACGACACCACCGAGAGGUGACUUGUUCUGUGACCUCAGCAUGUUGUGUCACCCUCUUGUAUCUCCGCUCGCUGCCAAAGACUGGUCCGGCGCACCACCACUCUGGAUAGAAACGGGAGAAGAACUUCUUACAGAUGAAGAUCUGGUGGUGGCUGUCAGAGCAUCCACUCAGGGCGUCAAGGUACACUUUGAGCAGUAUGAGGCAAUGCCUCAUUGUUUUGCUAUGCUCUUGCCCACGCUUGCCACUAGCAAGAGAUGUAUGGAAUCGUGGGGCAAUUUCUGCAGGAAUUGUACUGAGGGAAGUGUAGAGACGAGUGGUACAUGGAUUGCGGCAAAGACAGGUGUCGAGAAAGAGGUAGAUGUGACAAAGGUCACGCCUUUGACUGUCGAAGACGCCCUCGAAAGGAUGAGAGAUGCUCAGAGGAGAAGGUUCGCUGGCUACGAGAAAGAGGGCAAAGCAAUGCCGAACCCUAGCUUGUAG